AUGAGCUCCAAAAUUCACUUCAAAGGGUCAGCCAUCUCAGCCUCUCUUCUCUCUAUAGGCCUCAAAGCCAAGGACCACAGGCCCUCAGACCAGGGACCAGAGCAUGUGCCACUCCCAGAGGCCAAUGCUGAAGCCAUCAGCUUCCUCAACUCCCUCCGGCUGGAGGAUAUGCAGAUACUCUUCUCUGAGACUCUGGCCAUAGUCUCAGACACAGGGGAGCCUCAGGGAGAGCUGAGCAUUGAAGUGCAGAAAGGGAAAUACAAAGGCCAGUCUGGCAUCAGGUCAUGCUGCCUCCUCGUGCACGCCUUCAGCCGAGGCUUCUUGGACAAAACAGCCUGCGGAAACUCCCUCCUGGGCUACCUCUCGGGGAAAUUGGAGCCCAUGGAACAACAUAGUCAUGAGUUCAUCAAGUUCCUCAUCCUUCCCAUGGAGCGGAAGAUAACUCUGCUGAAGCAGGGUGAUCAGCUGGCCGUGACCAGAAGUGUCAAGGAGGGUGAGGAUAUGAAGACUCAAAUGACAUUCUUCCCCUGGCGGUCAAUUGAGGGCUUCAUCUCCGAGGCUGCCAACCUGGUGCUGCUGAGGGUGAUGGCCUGGCAGCGGAAGGUGCCCAGCAAUGCCCGUUUCCUGGCCUUGGACACCGAGGGCAAACUCUGCUAUUCCACCUAUCAAGCCUUGGGCUUCCAGACGAUCCAGGUGGGCUACCAGCAGGCCGAAGUGUUCAUCGUGGAGCAGACCAUACACUCGGAUGAGGGCAUCCCCAUGUCCUGCCAGUUCUACCUGCUCUCCGAUGGGCAUCUGGCUAAGAGAGUUCAGGUGGGCUCCCCAGGGUGCUGCAUCAUCACCAAGAUGCCCAACUUGAGGGAGGAAGAUGAGAUUGAACCUCGCCCAGUGUUUGAGAAGAAGCCCCUGGUGUGGGAGGAGGACACGGAGCUGUACUCGAGGUUCCUGGACCGGAAGGAGGAGCUCCGACUGCGCCACACCGGCUACCUGCGACAGCACCCCGAGGCGCGAGCUCUCGUCUCCGACUUCCUGCUCUUCCUGCUGCUGCGCCAGCCCGACGACGUGGUCACCUUCGCCGCCGAGUACUUCGGCCCCUUCGAGGCGCGCCGCCCGCCGACUCCGGCCCUGCGCUCCUCCGAGCGGCCCAGCCCUUUCCGCCCGCUGGGGCCGGAGCUCGGCGCGGGCUCGGGGGCGCACUAGGCGGGGCCCCCCGGGCCUGGACCCGGCAGGAAGCGGAGGCGUCGGGGCUGGGACGCGGGCGCGCGCGCUUUCGCGGCUGCGGUUUGGGUGGGAAAAUCGGGGCCCUCCCGCGGCUCUGCCGUGCCAGCCAGGAUCUUCCCUGGCCAGCGUUUUG